AUGUUCAGGGAAAGCACCGAGUUGACCACGAUGACCGAAGAGGCACUCAGGCAAGAGGUUCUUGAGAAUCGGAAGAUUAUAGAACAGCUCCGUGCAGAAUCUGGAAGUACGGCUGAAGAGACGACAAUCCUAGUUGCCUGUUUGAACGAGGCCAUGCGAACCAUAAGCAACAGUCUGUCGCCUCCGUCUCUCGAAGGCCUUAACCAGCCCAUUAGACAGUACAUCACUAACCUUCAGCAAGAGGUGGGAUCUCUCAGAAGACGGCAACAAACCCUGGCUAAUGCAGAGGACGUCGGUGUAUUGCGCGAGAAUCUGGGCAAUAUGACCAAGCAAUUAGCCGAAAGGGACCAUCAGAUUGAGCUCUUGAAGCAAAAGCUACAGAGUGGCAAAAAGCGGGGUUGCUUCUGA